CCCUCCGAGCAUAGUUCAAGGUAACUCGGCGGAACCAGCGUGGUUUGGAGCUGUGGCAUGUUUCUUAGCUGCAGACUUGUUGUUAAAUAAUUUGUAAAUGUUUUAAUUUGUCGCAGAGUCGGAUACGCAAAAUUCAUCAUAUUACACAAGUUGCUUCAUUUUCACUCUUGUGUACAUUAUACGUGUAAAGCUUUUUAUUUAGGAAAAACCGUAGAACAGCAGCAUGAAGAUCAAACGUCAAAAACAAGCCAAGAAAACUUUAAGUUUCUACAAAUAUAACUUCAGUUUUCGGGAGCCUUUUCAAAUAUUAAUUGACGGGACUUUCUGUCAAGCUGCGCUCAUCGGAAAAAUUCAGAUCAAAGAGCAAUUUCCGAAGUAUCUCAUGGGAGAAGUCGCACUCUGUACCACCAGUUGUGCUAUGAAAGAAGUUGAAACCCUGGGGAAAGACGUGUAUGGCGCAAAACUCAUUUUACAGCGAUUCCAGGUACGGAGAUGCCGACAUUUCGAUGAACCAGUUUCAGCGUCGGAGUGUCUCUUGUCCAUGUUGGAUGGCACAAACCCACAUCACUACUUCAUUGCCACACAGGAUAAUGCACUGACAAAAGGCCUUAAGGAAAUACCGGGUGUGCCGGUUAUAUACAUCAUACAGAACACCAUGGUGCUGGACAAGCCCUCUGAAUGUUCGCUUAAACGUGUCGAAGCAGUCCUUGCUGGGGAAAUGGUGACUCCGUCUCAGCAGCAGAGCAUCAGUAAGCUGAAGGAUGAGCAAGGUGUCGGGCCACAGGAAGGUGUCAGACGCCAUCGCAAACGCAAGUCGGGUAACCCCAAUCCUCUGAGCUGCAUGAAGAAGAAAAAGAAAGGGUCCACACAGUCCACCGCAAGCACUGAUGGUGAGAAAAAGAAGAAAAGUAGACCCCGGAAACGAAAGCCUGCCGGAGAAGGAGGAGCAGGAGGGAAGACGGUCACAGCCAACCCAAACCCUGUCUAGUUUCAGGAUAUGGACUAAAAUUUGUGGACCUUGGACGUGAUUUUUUUUUUUUAUACAAAUGCCACACAAAAGGAGAGCUAUAUGCAUUUGAGCAGAACAAUACUGAAACAGCACAUGGGUAUAUUGUGUGAAAAUGUAUAAACAUUUCGGUUACCAGAUCAGUACAUUAAAGUGUAUGGGCUAUCUACUCAAUUACAUGUAUUUUUCCUCUCUAUGAAGUAACUGGAAAUUGACCAUCACCAUUAAAAUCACUUGCUUUAAGCAUUUUAUUAAAAAUAAACAUACAUAACACAGUU